AUGGCGUCCGCUGCGCCGUUGGGAGCUGCCCCGCUACCCCGUCUCCCCGCCCUCGACACCAUCGACCUCGCCUCCCCGCCGUCCUUUUCCAAGCCCUUGAAGCGUAUCAACGAGGGCCACGACGUUGCCCGCUUCCUCAGGAGCCUUGCCUACCGCGACAUUGGCAUCUUUGUCCUCCAGCUCAACCGCUCCCUCUGCCCGCGCCACCAGCCCGGCUCCGCCCUGCCCCGCCUCUUCCCCCUCACCCCCGGGUCGCCGUCGUCGACGCCGUCGGUCCAAGCCCUGCAGCUGCUCCUGUCCGACAUUGAGAGCUUGCUCGCCCGGGCCCCGCUGGACCCCGGUCCCAGGAGGUUUGGGAAUACGAGCUUCAGGACGUGGUAUGCCCUCGUUGAGGAGAAGCUGCAUGACUUGCUCAGCGUCGGCUUGCUGGGUCAAACACUCGGGGCCGGCGGCGGUACCGCCAGGGAAGAGGUGGCGAGCUAUCUGCUUGGCGCCUUUGGGAGCCCCCAGCGGCUAGACUACGGAACGGGCCACGAGUUGAGCUUCCUGGCCUUUGUUGGCUGCCUGUGGAAGCUAGGCUUCUUCAAGGACGGAAAGCCGGGUGGAGAAAUUGAGCGAGAGAUUGUUCUCAACGUCAUCGAGCCAUAUCUGCGAGUCGUUCGAAAGCUCAUCCUGACAUACACCCUCGAGCCCGCCGGCUCCCAUGGCGUCUGGGGCCUCGACGACCACUCCUUCAUAUCAUACAUAUUUGGAUCGGCGCAGUUCACCCGGCCCAUAUCCGAAACCGACCUCAUGCCCCUCGAGGGGUCUGUCCGGGGCGCCCCCAAGCCCAGCGACGUGACCAAUGCGGCCGUCGUCGAGGACCAGCGAGCCACAAACAUGUACUUCUCCGCCAUCGGCUUCAUCAACGACGUCAAGAAAGGCCCAUUUUGGGAACACAGCCCGAUUCUGUUCGACAUCUCUGGAAUCCGCGACGGGUGGGGCAAGAUCAACAAGGGCAUGAUCAAGAUGUUUAAUGCGGAGGUAUUGUCCAAGUUCCCUGUCGUCCAGCACUUUCCCUUUGGCUCGCUCUUCUCCUGGGAUGAAGAUCCAGACGCGCCAGUCCCCACACAGAGCGUACACAUGGUCAACCAACCCAUGGCCGCCAGUGCAACGCGCCCGCCCAUUCCUCCGCCGUCCGCCACGGCGGCGCAGAUUACGGUGACAAAGGCGCCAUGGGCCAAGAGUGGUUGA